ACUGGAGAUGCAGUUACAAAGCGCAACAAAACAGAGAGAAAAUUUCAAGGCACAGCUAAGUGAUUCGCGCGAUGAACUACGCCAAAACAAAGAUACACACUCUCUACUGCAGAAGAAACUCCUCGAGAUACAACAACAAGCUGACAACGCUAAGGAACAAUUUUCAGCUAAACAACGCCAAGUAGAAAAACUUGAAGUCGCCAACAAAGAUCUCGUGUCUAGGAUGGAAGAUUUAAAGGAGGAGAUGAAGAAACAGAGAAUGUCUUUGGAAUUGCAUGCCACGCAAAAAAAAGGUGUUGAAACAGAGUUGAACUUGUCGCAGUCAAAAGUUACCGAGUUGGAUACUGGUUUACAAUCAGUAAAAACUGAAAAAGAUGAUCUCCAGAGACAGCUAUUUGCUGUGUCAAGUAAGCUUACAACUACGGAAGAGACUAAUAGGAAGAUUCUUGAGAGAAUGACAGAACUUGAAAUGGAGAAUUCGAAACUGCGCGAUACUGUUUCGGAACUAGAAUCAGAAAUAUUUGCUCAAGGAAGAAAAGUAUCACAGUUGGGACCUAGUUAUGCUCAGGCCCAAGAUGAUAACGAAAGGCUUAGUAUUAAACUUGAAGAAUCUUCAAUUAAAAUUAGCCAGCUGGAGUCCAGCUACGAAGCAGUAGUUAGCGAGAAAGAUGGACUACGGGAAGAGCUCACUUUAUCUGAACGACGAAUUACUGAGACAAAGUCUCUAUUACAGAAAACUGAAGAUGUUUGCAACGAGUUAGAAGAGAAGAUGGCAGCAAUGAAAAGUCAGAUGUUUAAGUGUGAAGGGCAAAGAGAAAGUCAGUCUAAACAGAAGGCAAACCUAAAAGCCGAGCUGGAGGAAGAGAGGUCCAAGGUCACAAAAUUAAAAGCAGAGCUUGCAAGAAUAAAAAGUCGUUAUGAUGAGUUUCAGAGAAACGCAGAUCUAAAGCUAAAGGAGUCCGGCAACAAAGAUAAAACUAUCGAGAAUUUGAGAGCCUCCGUGAUGGCGCACGAGCUGAAGACAGAAUCUCUACUCAGUGAGGUUACCAAACUCCAAGCACAGAUUGAGAUAACGGAAGAAGAGAAAAGAGAACUGCGAGAGGAGACUUUAGACGCGCAGAAAAGAGUCCGAGAUGCGGCUUCCGAAAACCGACAGACGUCCGAAGAGAACGAAAAAUUAAACCUUGAGGUUCAGUCGUUUUUCAAAAGAUUAUCCGAGCUACAAGCCUCUUUCAACACAUGUGAGCAUGAAAAGUUCGAUUUCCAACACCAAACCAUGGCUUUACAGCAGAAGGUUAGUAGGCUGGAGGCUGAGAUCGACGAAUCUGUCAAGCAGCGCUCUGCGAGCGAAAUACGAAUCCAGGAAUGCACUGCCACCCACAAUGCUGUUACUCAAGAGAUAAAUUUACUUAAGAGUCAGCUGCUCGAGCAGCAGUCUGUCAACAAUGACCUCCGCAAGGAUAUAGCAGAAAAAGACGCACUGUCCAAACAGCUUCAAGAGGAAUUAAAUGUGCUUAACGUCGACUCCGACGCUUGCCAUAAAGAGCUGAAAAAUGUGAAGAACAUGCGGGAAAUGAGUGAAAAGGAGAAGAAAAUGUUACACAAUGACCUUGUGAGUAAACAGGAGGAGUACUCAAGAGCACAGGCCCUUUAUGAAUCAACGUUAAAACGUAAAGAGCAGCUAGAGGCAGAACUCAAUACAGCACAGAACCAGAUUGCGAGCAUGGAAUUGUCUUUGAAGAGGUCUGCAGCCGCUGACAAGGCUAGAGAACUGGAUCACGAGCGAUCGCGGGCAAGUGAGCUUGCCAAACAAUUAGCAACAUAUAAAAGCAAAGUCAGCUCACUGGAGUCUCUGUCUGAGCUUACGAAGAACGACAUUCAAGGCGUCCUCGACGAAUUAGAAGAAGCAGAAAACAAAAUGUCUGUUUUGAAGCAAGAGCUGGAAGAGACGGUGGCAAAUAAAGAAGAACGGGAGCAAAAACUAAGCCUUUUGGAGAAACGGAACUCUGUGCUUGAACAAGAAGUUUUGAUGUGUCGACAAAUUAAAGAAAGAUCAGAAGAAGAACUUCAUCUUAUGAGAACGAGGAUCGCAAAAUAUGAAUCACAAAUCGAGACUAUUCAAGAUCAGAGAGCACAGCUCAAGGAACAACUUGAUGCAAACAGCGCUAAGCUUGUUUGUGAUAAAGAUCAAAUUAUGCGACUGGAGAGCCAGGUUAUCGAAGAAAAGAAUAUUAAAGAAACCGUUAACAAAGAGAUUGUCAGGAAAGAGCAACUCGCGGACGAACUUCAAGUGAAAAUCAGAUCUACAGAAGCAGAAUUAGAGAAGGCAAAAAAUGAACUUAUUACCAUAAAAGUGACAAAUGAGGGGCUGAGAGCAGAGAAAAGCGAGUACGAAGGCAGGUUAACAUCUUUGCGAGAGAAACUUCAACAACGUGAGACAGAAGUGUUUGCGCUUAGAGACUCAGUCAUGAGGUUAGAGCAAGAAAUAAGUAGUUCUAAAUUAAGGACUUCGAGUCUAGAAGCCCGGAUAUCGAACCUUGAACUUGAUAAAAAUGACUACAAAACCCGAUGGGAGGAGUCCCAAAGCGGACUUGCAAGGCUAAAGAUGGAUAUAAAGGUUUGUCACAGCCAGAUCCAAGAUAAGGAGAGAUCGUGUGAAACUUUACUCUUAGAGUUAAAGGAAAAAGAGACUGCUUUAGAAAAGGCUAUGAAUGACAAAAUUAUUAUGGAAACGGCCGUAUCAGCAUUGCAACAGGACUUGGAUAUCAUGAAAGCUAAUUAUGAAAGAAGUCAGUCCAGAGCGAAAAGUCUCGAGGAUAGCUUAGAUGAGGCUAACACUAGCAUCUCUAAACUGGAGUCAAGCAGUUUCUUGAGUGAAAAUGGAGAACUUGAGAAGUCUUUUGAUGAGAAGUUAUGGGAAACUGAAGCGUUAUAUCGGCAAAGUCAAGAUAGAGAAAGUUCACUGCGAAAGCAAAUUGAUGACUACAAGAUUAAGAUUAAAAGACUCGAGUCUGAGAAUAGAAAUACUCAACAGGAAAAUAUGGAACACAACCGCGAGAUCAGCCUCCUUCAGAGAAGAACACAAGAGUAUGAGCUGAAAAUCGAGAAAUUCGAACAAGAGAAUAGAGCUUUGAAAGAAGAACUGAUUGGGCAGCAUGGGAAAUUGUCCGAUCUGGAAGUGAAAUAUGAAUAUGAGAUCCGUGAGAAGGACUCAGUCAAACGCCAACUUGAAAAUGCACUUCAAAGAGUAUCAGCGAGCCGAGAAGAGUUUUUAGAAAACGAUAAACAACUUAUAGAGCAAAGAAUCGGAGCAGACACCAUAAAGAAAGAGAUGGACGAGAAGGUUCUUAUGAUCGACCAACUGAAAGCUAGCAAACUCUACUUAGAGGAAAGCAUCCAGAGUUUAAAACAAACUUUAGCUGCAUCUCGAGAAGAAUGCGAAAGAAUGAAGGUUGAGAAGGACCGCUUACAACAGGAAAUUUUGACCCUUGAAGCGUCCAACACAGAAUACGAAACACGAAUCCAAAAGCAAGCCCAUGAAAGAGAUCGAGUAAAACUCGAGCAUCAGUCUGCUUUGUCGAAGAUAGCGUCACUGGAACAUCAAGUAAUGGAACAAAAUAGAGAGACUGAAUCACUUUGUGGAAAGGUGGAAGAAUGGAAGAACAAUUCAUUGAUACAUCAAGAAAGUAAAGUGACAGCAGAGGAGCACAUUGCGGAUCUAGAGGCCAACAUAGAUCGACUUAAGACCGAGGCCAUCAAGAAAGAUGCAGAUACAAGAGAGCUUCACGGAAGGUAUGCUAAACUGGAAAUCGAAACUGAUGCUCUGAGGAAGAAACUAUACAGGGUCGAAACGGAGAAUGGUGGGCUGGCUGAACAAUGCAGAAGUCUUGAGGCUCGGAAUAAGUCUUUAUCACGACGUGAGGCUGAUGAAAGUGCAAGUUCUGUUUUACAAGAAAAAGUUUCAAAUCUUGAAAGAGAGAUCAAGAUGCAAAAAAGGAAAAUUGUCGAUUUGGAAGCCAGCAGCCGAGAAUAUGUUGCAAAAGAAGGGGAACUGCAAGAAAGUUUGUUCGCAGCUCGUGACAAAGUUUCAAAAUGGGAAUCGAAAUACAGCGUGGUCGUAGCGAGAAAAAACGAGAUAGAACAAGACCUCAUUGCACUGCAAAAAGAAUUCACUCCGUUAAAGGAUGAUCAUCGUCAUUCUGUUGUCCAGUUGGAAACUGUUCAUGGCGAAAUGCAAGAGGCUAAAAACAAGGUCUUAAAAUUGGAAAUGGAGGUGAAUUCAGCUGAUAAUAUGCGAAGGCAGUUAGAGCUUAGAGUUCAAGAGUACAUAGAAAAGCUCAAAAACAGAGACAAUGAGCUGUUAACAGCUCAGCGCGGUUUGCAAGAAGCCCGAUUGCUUCUUGAGCACAGAGGCGUGACAAGGGAAGAAAAUGGAUACAGCUCGGCAAAUGACAACCAAAAGCUUCAAAAGGAUGUUUUCGUGCUCCAGCAGGAAUUAAAUAGCACUCAGGGUUUAUUGACAUCAGCAAUUAGGGAAAAAGAUGAAUCUUGCAAAGAAGUGUUUAACCUAAAGAGAGUUGUCACAGAGCUGCAAGGAAAACUGGAAGCAUCACAACAGGAGAUUCUAGAACUCCAAACUAGCGUCACUGGUUACCAAAGAAAAAUGACAACGUCUGAUGAAGGAUUCCAGAAGGCACUUCUUGAGCAAUUGACGAUCAAGACCCAGCUGGAUGAGGCCAACAAAAAGGUUGCUUAUAACAAAGAGGAAUUCUAUGAAACGCAGAGGGAGCUUUCCAGCCUCAGAGGUUUGGCUGAAAAUUACAAAAAGGAGCUGGCGAAUAAAGAUAGCUUUUACAGACAGCAAGGCACGAAAGUAAGGCUCCUGGAAGAGGAAUUACGAUCGUCCAAGCUAAGGAUCGCCAGUGGAAGUAAUGAUUAUCACACUAUGAAUCAAGAGUUAGCAAAACUGAGACUCAAGCUCGAUGAGAAAGAUAACUGCAUUUUAAGUUCAGAAGAAAACGUGAAGCGGCUUAUUCAAGAAAACAGCAAGCUCCGUUUCGAAAUAUCUGACGUUCAGGCUCUUGAAACAAAGCGAAGGCACGAUUACAACGAGUCAAGGCAUAAGACGGAACGCCUUCAAGAAGAAAUUAUAUCGUUGCGUGAGAAGAUGUCGUACUUGGAAGCGCAGAGCUCUACUAAAGAAGAAGAACUUCAAGACAGCAGAAAAGAAUUGCUUAUGUUAAAGAGGACUAACUUUGAAAUCAAGUCCCGUUAUGAAUCACUUCAGAGACAAACACAACAAUUACAAGAGGAGUUGUCGGUGUCAAAAGCUAAGCUUAGCAUUGUCGAACAAGAUGAAACCAAGAACAGUUCGCACAUUUCUUUUUCAAGUGGGACAAUGAAGGAUGGACCCAUAGGAGAAAACACAACCCAUUUGGUUUGGAGAAUUGAAGAAAGUACACGUGAAAUUUCUCUAUUGGAAAGGAAAGUACUAGAUCUCGAAGCUAAGUUAGCUGCAGUAAGUCAAGAGAAAGAGAGGCUAGAGUGUGAAGUGAUUUGGAGGGCGAAAAGGAUUGACGAUCUCGAAGGACGAGUAUUAAAGGAUGCUAAGCAUGAAACAAAUACAAAUGAUAUAGAACUAAAAUUGAAUGCACUUGAACAUGAUCUUAUUGCUGCCAAAAAUACAAUCGCACGGUUACAAAAUGAGCGAGACGCAUACGAGAAGAAAAUAAAAACAAGUGAUGAAAAGGUCAUCUCGGCUGAACAUAAAGUACUUCAAAUGGAAUCAGCUUAUCGUUUGAGUCAGGAGAGAUUCGACUUAGAGCACAAGAAGUUUCUGGAGGCCCAAAGGAGGCUAUCUGUACAAGUAACCUCUGUAGGCAACUCAAAAUUGGAAUCUUUAGACAAUGAGCUUCAAGUACAGCUUCGGAAAGAGAAUGAACUGAAGAGAUUGAUAGAUGAGGCCAAAAAGAGAAAUGACACUUUAACUGCUGAACUUGUCAGUAACGGAAACGAUGGAAGAAAUUCUGAUGCACUAUCUAGAGAAAGGGUGCUUGCUUGCAGUCUUCAAAAUGAAAACGACUUACUCAAGAAAGAAUUAUCACAAUACAUGGAUAGCUACCAUCGAGCGUACAAAGAAAAACAAAAACUUGCAACUGAAUUCCACGACCUACAGCUUCAAAUGUCUCGCUGGGAAACAAGUUACCAUGGAAUAAAACGAGAGAAAGACGAUCUUUAUUUCCAGCUUACUGAGUUACAAAAGCGGUUUGAUCGGUUACAAGAAUCGUCACAAACUGAGAAGCAGGUUAUUCGAUACGUUGGCUCUACCGGUGUCACUGAUCAGAAUAUAGGUAUACAAAAGCUUAAGGACGAGAAAGGUAGACUCUCUGGCGAGGUAGCUUCCUUAAAUCUGCUGCUUUCAUCUUAUAAAGAAAAACUCGAUUCGCUUCACUCGGAAAAAGUGCAGCUCCAUGCUAACCUUGAAGACUCCAAGAGGAAGGUAUUCAAUCUCGAACAAGCUAACCACACCCUCACCACAGAGAAGCGUCGACUGGAGCACCAGGUUUCCAUGACACCUGAGAUAAACAAUAAUCGGUCGGAAGAAUUGGAUAGGAGUUUGCAGUCAGAAAGAUUCCAGGAGUGUAUCUACGAACUAGAAAAGAAGACAAGAAAGUUGAAAGCAGAAAAUGACUAUCAUCAGAAGAUUAUGGAGAAGAAAGACGCAAACUUGAGUGAACUUCGCUCGCAAAUAUUGUCCUGGCAGAAAGAGGUAGAGAAACUGGAGAAAGAGUUGUUCGUGGCUAAAGAAGCGUAUGAGAAGUCCGAGAGACGAAUGAAAGAAAUCUUCAGUUCUCAACACGAGCCCCUGACGGUUGAAGAUCUUCGAGGCCUAGUCAGCGCCUCACCAAUUCUAAGCAUGCGCAGCAUAUCGGUGACCGAACAAAGCAUUUCAGGGAGAAAUUUGACUGGAGACCGCAGCAUAAGCUUAAGUAACAUUUAUCCCUUAGAUAGCUUUAGCAGUUCAAUUCACUUUUAAGUUAGUUAUCCGGCCGUAACCAACCUUGAGAUUCUGGGUCAUUUCAAGGUUUUUUAAAAUUUUUUUCAAACUUUCCGAUGAAUAUUUGCACCAAAGGAACUGGCAAAGACGUUCUCUAGUAACGGAAAAAUCUUUAAGGUCACUAUUAGACAGAGACAAAGUGCGUAGCAGUUUUUGAAUGCGAUAAGGUAGGUUUGGAUUGUAUUGCAGGUUUUAGUUCUCAUCACUCUGCAAUUGGUUAAGGAAAACCAUAAGCACGCUUUUAUGAAAUCACGUGCAAAACUGGAACCAAUCGGGAGCCUUAGUCACUUGCAUUUUCCUGUCCCUUAGGUGAUUUCAUUAUUUAACUUUGAGUUCUUAUGAACUCCGUGUGAUACUUUGUUUUGUUCCAAUUGGCUGAUGCGAUUUCUUCGGCUUCGUUUCUUCAAAAGUCAAUCGAAAUCCCCCCUAAAAGUUAUUCAAUUUAAUUUCGUGAUUCAGUCUCGUUAGGCAAGCUUCUUGUUCUUCUAUGCCAAGAGCUGACAACAGACUUAAACUCCCAGACACGUUUCCCAUUUUUCACAUCCCAGCGUGAGAAAAAAAAUCCCUGUUCCCAGUUAAGAUUCAUUCUCUAAAAAUGUAUCUGUCAUUUAUGAGAAAAACACGUCUGAAGUUUCCCUUUUCUAAGUAAGUUUUCAUUAACAUUUUGCUAAAUUACCUUGAAGUGAUUAAAAAUAAAGAACAUUUUACAA